AGACUAAGAAAUAUUUAAAGAUACUUAAACGUGAUGACAAUUUUUUCUCUUUAUCUCACCGUUUAAUACAGCGAAAUGUGCAAAUAAUAAGUACUUUAAGAUUUUUUCCACUAAAAUGACCUCCAAUUUAGAGAGUGAAGAUCUUGAAAAUGUUCCAUUAGUGCGUAUGGAGGACGUGCAGCCUUCAAGAGACAGGACUUGCGAAGUAUCUGGACCUGAAGUCGAGGAGGAAGUGGUUUUAGAGACUUCUAUAAUUGACAGUGGAGAUCAUGAAAGCCAAUACAUCUUGGAUGACGAGGAUACAGAAAGUAUGAUGUCUAUAAAGAUCGAAAAGGGUAACCAGUACGAUGGUAGUAAUAGUGGAGAGUUAAUUGUACCUGAAUAUAUAGAAACACAUGAAAUUCCUGUAGAUGUGAAAGUGGAAAGGAAACGUGAAACCAAACCAGCUCCAGACAGCUGGCCGACAUUAGAAAUAUUACCUGGUGGGGUGAUAAAGAACGCUGAGAAGUCUGAAGAUAGUGUAGCAUACAAUAAUGAUACGGAUUCAGAAAGCGGCGAGAUGAUGUAUGCAUGUGCUAAGUGUCCUCAAAGCUUUAAGUACCUGUUUCGUUUGGUGAAACAUGUCCGAUGGCAUGAAGAUGAGGAAAAGAAACAAAGAGAGGGGAACAUAUCAAAAUCAAAUACAGAUGCCAGUCUUGCAUCAAUGCCAGAAAAAAAUGGCCAUUACAUUAUAGCAAAUGGCUACAAAUUUAAGCAAAAUGGGGCCCAAGGAUCAUACUAUUACUGCAGUAAUGCAAGAUGUCGCGUCCGAAUAAAGCUUGGGAAGAAUGGACAUAUUAGCCAGUACAAUCAUCAUAUGCAUUUACCGCCUAAGAAAUAUAUGAAAGAAGGAUUUACACAAUUAGAUAUAAAAGAAGAUAAAUAUGCAACUCCACGUUCAGCGAAGACGAGAAUUAUAACAAAAAUAAAUAAAAGGAAACUACCAAAGAAGAAUAAGUCAUAGCUUAUGAUGAUGGGGAAGAAGUGAAUCUUUAUUGUUGUUAAAGUCUUAGAUAUAUACUUAUAAAAUAUAUGCGUCUUUGAAGUUCGCCCAUAUGCAGUUGAUGCUUGGGACUAUGGGCAAUAAACGGUAACUGAAAUUCCAUCUAUAGAAAUAUAUAGAUCAGGCUUUAUAUAUAUUUUGUAGUCAUAUAGAUACAGGACAGAAAUGGAAAUUUGUUGAAGAUAUUAAAACUCCAUUAAUACUUUCAUAAAGGGACUCAUCUUCGAUUU